UGCUUCGCUGGCGGGUCCGCGAGGUGGCUCGGAACAUUUCCUUCCGGGACUCUGUGGCGUCCGCGGGCGGAAGUCGCGGCCCGGUGGGCCGUGCGCACAGCUCUCUGUGCGGUGCAGUGAGGGACUGCCAGUGUCUCAGAGCUCCUGGGACCGCUGAAGUCAUUCAGGCUUUAGGAUCUCUUGCUGUGCCCCAGGUAGCCUUGUUCAGCAUCUGUAACUCUUGAAGAAGCAACAUCAAAACUGGAAGCUCAGAGGGGACAUGGCUGCGGAUACGAAUUUCCAGCAGAAGAUCCAGCCAUUGGGUGCAGAGGAGCAGCGUGGGGCCUGUGAGAGAUGGAUGUCCUUUGAGGAUGUGACUGUGGACUUCAGCCAGGAGGAGUGGCAGCACCUGGACUCUGCCCAGCGACGCCUGUACCAGGACGUGAUGCUGGAGAUCUACAGCCACCUCUUGGCAGUGGGAUACCCCAUUCCCAGCCCCGGAGUCAUCUUUAGGAUGGAAAAAGGAAAGGAGGCACAGGCAGGGAAGACUGAAUUCCCAGGCCAGCAGUGUCCAGAAAAAUCAGAAAUUGAAACCUCACCACAGAAAGUAUCUGAGAAAGCUUCAGUUCAUAGUGAUAUGGCCAGUGAAGUCACAAGAAAUGGUUUGUGGUGUUCACUUUUGCAAGAACUACGGCAGGAUUCUGAUACUGCUCCGAGAGAUAAACAAAACCAGAUUCUACCCUUGCCUCCUGUCACCUUCCUCAAGAAAACUCUGAACACAGAUAGUGGACAUGAAUAUCAAAAGCCCAGGGAAACCAUUCCUUUGGGACCCUACCUCAUUUCUACACAAGAGAAUCUUCCACAAUAUUGCUUACUUCCAAAAAGUUUGGAGCUAAACCUCGGAGCAAAUGGUCAGAAUGAAAACAGUGUCACCGAGCAGCUUAUUAACAUUGUCGCGUCCAGUCAGCUCCUGAUACGAGGCUCUUGUAAUGCUGACUGUGUGGCUGCUCAUGGAAGAGAAUCGUGCAGAAGUACUGGGAGUGGAGAAGUUCUCAGCUAUCAACAACCACCGGUACAUGAAAACCAUUCUCAGGAGAAAGCAGAUCAAGGCCCUCGGUGCGGGGAAGCACUCUAUGCUAUAUCUCUGCCCAAACCUGAGAUCACUCUCACUUUGGACAGACCUCUUGUUUCGUUCAGUGGUGGGAAGGCCCUCCUUUAUGUGUCGGAUUCAUCAAGUUAUCCAUUCCAGCUGAAGGUGGAUCAUCCAGGUCACAUUGGAGGGGAGCCUUACAAAUGCAGCCACUGUGAGAAAACCUUUGGUACUAAGGCUGCGCUCCAAGAGCAUGAGCAAAUUCACACAGAGGAGAAACCGUCUGUGUGCACACUGUGUGGAAAAGCCUUCAGAGACAGGUCAGCUCUCUAUGAACAUGAAUUGAUUCACAAGAAUCACACGCCUUUUAUCUGUGACAAAUGUGGGAAGGCCUUCUUACGUAAGUCAGAGUUGAUGUCGCAUAAACAAAGUCACAAUGGAGAGAAGCCUUACAAAUGCAAUGACUGUGGAAAGUCCUUUAAAUUUCCAUCCCAGCUGAAGGUGCAUCGUCAAAGUCACACAGGCGAGAAGCCUUAUGAAUGCCACGAAUGUGGAAAGUCAUUCAGCAAAACAGCCAAACUCAAGGUGCAUCAGCGGAUUCACACAGGGGAGAAGCCUUAUGUGUGUUCUCAGUGUGGAAAGGCCUUCAACCAGAAGUCAAUACUAGACAGACACGAGAAGCUUCACCCUGGGGAGAAGCCUUACAGCUGCAGGGAGUGCGGCAAGUCCUUUAAUUACCCGUCCCAGCUGAAGGUGCACUGCCACAGCCACACCGGGGAGAAGCCUUACAAAUGCCACGAGUGUGGGAAGUCCUUUAACUUUCCGUGUGAGCUGAAAGUGCACUAUCAGAAUCACACAGGGGAGAAGCCUUACAAAUGCCGCGAGUGUUGGAAACUGUUCAGUAAAAUGUCCCAACUAAAAGCACAUUCUCGUGUUCACACAGGAGAGAGACCUUACAAAUGCAGCCACUGUGGGAAAGCCUUCUCCACUAAGGAGCAAGUCCAGGAGCACGAGCGGAUUCACACAGGGGAGAGACCCUUUGUGUGCGCUGAAUGUGGGAAAGCCUUCAGUAGCAGGUCAUCUUUUCGUAAACAUCAGUUAAUUCACACUAAAGAGAGGCCUUUCGUCUCUCAGAAAUGUGAGCCAGGCCUCCAGGAGUCGACUUUGACAUCCCAUCAGCAGCUUCACAUUGGCGAGAAGCCUUACAAGUGCCCUGACUGUGGGAAGCUGUUUAAUUAUCCGUCCCAACUGAAAUCCCAUUAUCAGAUCCACACGGGAGAGAAGCCCUGUAAAUGUCUUGAUUGUGGGAAAUCAUUUAGUAAAACAUCUCAACUGAAGGCUCAUUCUCGAAUUCACACAGGGGAGAGGCCUUACGUGUGCUCUGUGUGUGGAAAGGCCUUCAAACAAUUGUCAACACUGAGCAGACAUGAAAAAAUUCAUCUGCUUGAGAAGCCUUACAAAUGCAAUUUUUGUGGGAAAUCAUUUUGUUCUCCAUCUGAACUGAAGGUGCAUCUUUUAAUUCACACGGGAGAGAGACCUUACAAAUGUAGCAACUGUUGGAAAGCCUUUUGUACUAAAGUCCAACUCCAAGAGCACGAGCGAAUUCACACAGGAGAGAGACCUUACGUGUGCACUCACUGUGGGAAAACCUUCCGGAGCAGGUCGGUUUUCUCUAAGCAUAAGCUGAUUCACAGGAAGCAAGCGCCUUUCGUCUGUGAGAGGUGUGGGAAAGUGUUCUUGCACAAGGCCGAGCUGACGUCCCAUGUACAGACGCACACUGAGGACAAGCCUUAGGAAUGUUAAGACUGAGCAUGCCGUCAGAUUACACGGUCUUGCUUCCCAAUGCGCUGCGCGGACAGAUGAGCAAAUGACGUCACCCGGGAGAGACCCUUUGUGCUCUGAGUGGGGAGCAGCUUUCAGUAGCAGGUUCACUUUCUAGACAUCACACGUCUCAUGGUAGGGUGGAUAGGGAUACUUUUUAUGAUCUAACAAAGCUUUCCUGAAUCAGAGUGCAAAGUUAGCCACUCUAGUCAGCCAUACAGGCCAGGCAGUGGUGGGACACACCUUUAAUCUCAGCAGCCACACUAGUCACCCAUAGAGGCCAGGCGGUGGUGGCACACACCUUUAAUCCCAGCAGCCACAACUAGUCAGCUGUAGAGGCCAGGCGGUGGUGGGGCACACCUUUAAUCCCAGCAGCCACGCUAGUCAGCCAUACAGGCCAGACAGUGGUGGGGCACACCUUUAAUCUCAGCAGCCACACUAGUCAGCCAAAGAGGCCAGGCAGUGGUAGCACACAUCUUUAAUCCCAGCAGCCACACUAGUCAGCCAAAGAGGCCAGGCGGUGGUGGUGCUUGCUUUCAAUCCCAGCACUAGAGAGUGUAAGAUGGGAGGAGACGGGAACUCGCUCUCUUUUCAGUGUGAAGAUUUCAUAGAGGCUCUCUCAUGGCUUGACUGCUUUGCUUUUCUUAUCUUCAGGUUGAACCCCAGUAUCUUCUGUGGUCUGUAUAGUCAUGCUACGAGGGCGAGGCCUUUGUCUCUCAACUCAUAUUGAAGAGAAGGUUUUGGAAUGCCACAAUUGGGAAAGUAUUACUAUAUCACAGAUCAGUCACGUCCUCAGUUCAUGGGUGGGGAUGCCCUAUGUGUGUUCUGAAUGAAGGAAGGUCCUAACAGGACAGACUCAGCAUAUAGACUACAUGACUCAUACCACAGGUUUUACGGGUGCGGUUUUAUAGAACACGGUUUACUGAGAAAAGAGUUCCUAGCUUACUAGUAUAUUCCAAAAUAAAAUUUAUUUGUAUCUACUUGAAGUUCUUUUUAUGUGCCAUCAAAUUGCGUAUCACCUGAUUAAUAUUACAGAAAACAAUCUAGUUAUGCAUUGUUUAGACAUAACAGACAUUAUUAUGCAUGAGGAAAGUUAGUCACAAAUUAAUAAUGAUAAGCACACUUGUUUAUAUUUGUCUUGUUAAACAUGAAUUUCAUUUCAGGUUAACCUUGACUAAUUUCAGAAGUGUUUUUAUAGAAUAUAAUAUAAGACACAUUUUACCAAAUUAUUAGAAAGUUUAUGGGAAAUUAAGUCAAUGAUAUUCCAUUUAUUGUGGGAGUCCAGUAAAAUCCUUAACUUCCAGCCAUGGUAAUAGUAGGGUGAUUAUAUAAAUGGGCAUGAGUAUGGGAUAUGUGUGUGUGUGUGUGUGUGUGUGUGUGUAUGUGUACACAUGUGCCUGUGUUUGGUCAGUGCCUGUAUGAACUUGUAUACCCACAAUUUUGUGGAAUUUUCUGUAGAAUUAACUGCAUACUAGAAGAGGGCAGUUUAUUAUUAAGCUGUACAUUCAUUUAUUUUGUAUGUAUUUAUGUACUCAUGCUGCUAGGUGCAUUGGCUGUCAGAAGAGUCAGUGAUCUCACACCAUGUGGAUCCUGGGGUUUGAACUUGGAUUGUCAGGCUUGGUGAUCAUUAAUUACCUUUACCCACUGAAACAUCUUGCUGUAACUAUUAUUUUUACUUUUUAUUAACAGUCUCUAUCUUGAACUUGUACCAUCAAUAAUUAAUACUUUUUUAUUGUAUGGGUGUACUUUGAAUAAAUGAAAUCUGGGGCA